UGGUAAAGAGAGAAAGAGAGAAAAACUGCUUUGGAAAAUUUUACCAAUCCGAAAAAGCAGUAUAUUUGAAGAAAAAUUGAAUUCACUGGAGCAAGAGGAAAGUAAGCCUUUUGAAAGGGAAGCUCCACGGAACAUGGAGAUUAACACGAAACAGGGCAGCGCCAUUUCAUUUCCGACCCAUGAGACACAGCUGUGUGGCUUACAGAGUCUGGAACUUCUUGAUCUACUCUUUGAUUGUCAGGAUGGAAUCUUACGCAAUGAAGAUUUGUCUGCAGGGUCUGGGUGGUCGGCUUCAGAACAAAGUAUAACCACACAUGAUAAAGAAGCACUGUUAUCCUCCUUGCUGGCAUCAGCUGACUCUCCCUCAGAUUCUACUCUAUGGUCUCCAUCAGCAAGUGAUAGUGGAAUCUCUGAAGACGCCCACUCAGAACAGAAGGACAGUCCAUCCCAACAUCAGUAUGAGGACGCUUGCCAUAAAAUGUCAGAUGUAGGGUGGCUAACUGAAGCAGAUGUUUCCCUAGAUCUGGAUAUGUGGGGUGAACAAUACUACAAGGGUGACGGUCUUGGACUACCUUCUCAACCUGCUGACCCCUACCACCAGCUAACAGUGAAAGACCUUCUUUUAUCCAACAGUUGUGACAUGCAACAGGUAGCAGUUUCCCCGCAUAAAAGUUGUAGCUUUGGGACUGGUGGUGAGCUUCAACUGACUGAAGAUGAGAGAAAACUUCUCAGCAAAGAGGGGGUAACAUUGCCUACCCAGCUACCUCUCACUAAGUACGAGGAACGCAUAUUAAAGAAAAUUCGACGUAAAAUCCGCAACAAACAGUCAGCCCAGGAGAGUCGGAAAAAGAAGAAAGAGUAUAUGGAUGGGUUGGAGACCAGGAUGUCAGCUUGUGCCGCUCAAAAUCAGGAGUUACAUCGAAAAGUCCUGCAGCUUGAGAAACACAAUAUAUCUCUUAUCGAACAGCUCCGUAAGUUACAAGCUCUGGUAUCAACAUCUGCAGGAAAAGCAGCUCAGACUGGCACCUGUGUUGCAGUUUUGCUUUUGUCCGUCUCUCUCAUCAUCUUCCCGUCCCUGAGUCCCUUUGCAAGAAAGAAAAUCCAAGAGGCAGAUGACUUCCUUCCUGUUAGAGUCUUCUCUAGGUCACUGCACGAAUCUGCUUCAUCACGGGUCUUCCAAUUUCCAGAUGAACCCAAAGGUUCUAACCAUUGGGGUGGUCAGAGCAGCCCCACAAGUGACGCAGAGAUGGGGCCACUUAGAAAAUACUUUGCAGAAGCAAUGAUGAAUGAGUCAAGACAUCCACUGGGGCAUGAAAUACUUGAAGUAGCCAAUCACACAGGACUUCUGAAUGAAGAAGGGGCUUCCAAGUUGGAAAAAAGCUUACUGAGUCAAUUGUACGGUUCUUUAAAUGUCCAUAGAACACAGAACCAGGUGGCUCAGGUUACUUGGAAUGAGACACUUAAUGGGUAUGAAGAGCUGUAAUCCUACCCCUGAAUAAGAGUGUGUAACUGUUAAAAUGUGUCUGUCCCAGACUGCAUUAACCUCAUAAUCUGAUCCUCCUCUUUCACUCAUGCUGCAAGUUCAUGGUACCCACAUCAGCCCAUCCUUGCAAACUCACUGUCUUGCUGUUAUCUUCGAUUCUGGCCUCACCUUUGCACCUCACAUCCAGUCUGUAGCCAAAUCCGUUAUUUUCACCUUAAUAACAUUGCCCGUGUCAGCCCCUUUCUUACACAAGAUGCUACGAAGGAGCUUGUUCAUGCUCUAGUAAUCUCUCACAUUAACUACUAUAAUUCUAUUCUAAUUGGUCUGCCCAGAAGUCAUACUGCCUCGCUAGUCUGUAAUGAAUGUUGCUGCCAGACGGAUUUUUCUUCUCACAUACCUCUCCCCUCUGUCAAUCCUUACAUUGGCUUCCUGUACUCUAUGGGAGUCAAUUCAAAACACUAACCCUUACCUAUAAAGCUUAACACAACUCUAGUCCCCAUUACCUUUCUUCACUGAUUCGUAGGUAUGUCCGUUCUCGGUCUCUCCGCUCUGCCAGUGACCUUCUCCUGGCCGCUGCUCACUGCUUGCAGGACUUCUCGCGGGAGGCCUUGUCUUUGUAACAUCCUGCCUCCCCCCAUCAGACGCCCCUCUAGUCUUCAUUAAAGAAGUCAUUUAAACCCAUCUAUUCAGGAAAGCUUAUGGUCUCCCAGAGUAACUUCACAAACCUGUCUCUUGCUUUUUCUUAAAAGGCCACACUCCACUCUCACUUUCUGGUUCUGCUACUUUCCCACCUUGCCGUUGCUAUCCUCCACGAUACCCUUUCUAUUGUGUUUUUAAACCCAUCCACCUCUAGACUGUAAGCUCGAUUUAGCAGGGUCCUCAUCAACCUAAUAUUUCCUGUAACAUUUUGUAAUUGUCUCAUUUAUUGUUAAAUCAUCCCCCUUUAUAACAUUGUAAAGCGUUGUGGAAUAAGUUGGCGCUAUAUCAAUGCCAAUAAUAAUAAUACAUGAUGUAGUGAGGGAUAAAAACUAUAUCCUAAACUUGCAUACAGUGAACCCAUCGUGGUGUUGGUGUCUUCUUACCUAGACAGUGAUUUCAGUAAUUCAACUAUGGGAUACAACCAAAUCAGAGAGGAUCACGUACAACAAAAAUAGACAUUCAUUGCUUAUAGGUUAUUUAGUAAAUCCAUUAGAUAAAAUCCAGCCGAUACACAAUUACCAACAUGGUUAGCACUUUGGAGCUUACAAAAUAGAUAUUGGAAAGAUGGAAAACUGAGACGUAAGAGAAAUCGAAUAGACGAAAAAACACGUACGUAACGUACAGAAACGUUUUAGGUA